GUCACUCCAUGAACCGCAAGAGAUACGCGCGCUACAGGCGUCAUGGCAUGCGCGGAGCCAGCGCCUCCUCUGGCAGAGCAGACGACAAAACAGAUAAGCAAGCUGGCGCCGUUGCUAUAGCAAAGAGGGAAACCGAGAGACCCAAACUUUUUUUGUUUCUUUUUGUAUUGCCACUGGUUCAGUCUAUAAACAGCCUUUUCGCGCAAUCCUGUCCAUUCUAAUAUGCCCAAAGCCACAGACGUGUACCGGUACUGUUCUGAACUAAAAUAUUUGUUAAAAACGUCCUUGUCAAUACAGGCUCGUUUUAAGGUGACUAACAGAAAAGCUUGUUUAUUAGAGAGCCAUAAAAACAAAACUGAUGGGCCAGCAGCGCCACAAAGACGAACUAGGCAAGUUAUAAAAUCGAAAUGAAAGGCCUUUUCUGGUCACGCUCAGCCAAGGAGGUUUUAAAAAAAACUUCUGGAGUGGAGAUGAUGUCCUAAAGGUGAAGCCGGCCGCCGCCACCUUAUCAAGGGAAUCGAUUAACGUUUUGCCAUAUAGAUGCUUCUCGAUGUCCCUGUCUGUGUUCCCUGGUUUUAGGAUGAAGCUUGAAGGUCUUGGCAACUUGUAUGGGAGAUCAGGGAGUCACUACUCAGCCAAUGGCAAUAUUUUAGCCCAAAACAACAUUCUGCCAACUGUUCUCCGUGUAGUUCAGCACGCCUUCCAAAGGUGAAGUAGGGGCAAGCGCUGGCUCCACCUUUGCUGUCAAGAAUCUGCGAGGGCUGCCACUCCAAAUUUUUUUUUUCGCUCAGCUAGAGCAACUGAAAGCAGAAUUCACGUAAAAGUUGUGAAAAUGUAGCCGAAACGUUAAUUUAAAAAUUUUCCUGCGCCAAUUAAUUAAUCAGGCGCGCGCAUUUUUCCUCGAAGCGACGCGGCGCGGUAGUCGUCAUUGUCACUACACAAUCCACAUGGUGCCUACCAGUCCAAGAGUGCUGUUAUGCAGCAUGCCUGUUCUCAGCCAAGCGAUGAGUACCUUGAGUAUUAACAGCGCCGAUAGCGCCGAAGAUAAUGGCCAAAAUGUCCUGGAAGUCACCAACGAGGCCUGCGGAAUCCGCGACGUCUGGGCCGGCAAUCUUGAAGAAGAGUUAGGCACCAUCAGGAAGCUGGUUCAGAAGUACAAAUACGUCGCCAUGGACACAGAGUUCCCAGGCGUGGUAGCGCGGCCAAUAGGUAAAUUCCCAAGCUUCACAGCAUAUCAAUACCAGAUGUUGCGCUACAAUGUGGACCUGCUCAAAAUUAUCCAACUGGGUAUCACUUUUUUCGACGAGAACGGCAACAGACCCAAACCUUUCUGUACCUGGCAAUUCAACUUCAAGUUUAGCCUAGCCAAAGACAUGUUCGCACAGGACUCCAUCGACCUGCUCAUCAACUCUGGUCUCCAGUUUAGCAGGCACGAAACGGAUGGCAUAGACGUGUCCGACUUUGCCGAACUGUUCAUCCCAUCGGGGGUGGCUCUCUCGGACGAGGUCCAGUGGCUCACUUUUCACAGCGGCUACGACUUCGGCUACCUGCUGAAGACGCUGAGCGGCGAGAACCUGCCAGCGGACGACAAGGAGUUCUUUGAACUGGUUAAAAUCUACUUUCCCCGCAUCUACGAUGUCAAGUACCUGAUGAAGAGUUGCGGAAGCCUGAGAGGAGGCCUACAAGAGGUGGCUAGGCAGCUCCAGUUGGAAAGAAUCGGGCAACAACACCAAGCAGGCAGCGACAGCUUGCUCACUGGUGCAGCCUUCUUCAAGAUGCGAAAAGUGUUCUUUCAAGACAAGAUUGACGACGAGAAGUUCAACGGGUUCCUGUACGGCCUGGGCACGACGUACACGACGAACGACAACAAAAUGUAUGAAGUCAAGGCACCCCCCAAUGGUCAGGCUCAGAUCCUAUCGGGGAGUCCUCCCACCGUCGUCUAUAUGCCAGACAAAUCACCAGGAACUUCGUGCCCUGACAGCCUUCGGCAUCCUGCCACCACUGAGCUGGCUCGCUACUCUUAAGAGAUGAGCCCAGCCAUUCUGUGCAGACUCUGAGUGCUCAAUUGUGACUGCUAGUGUGCUUUUUGGGUUUAGUUUGCCUCUCAUUGUGUUUCCAUCCUGUUAUCUCCGUUAGUCUGCACAGUUUCCUUUUUCGCAACUUAAGGCCCUUUCCAUAAUCUCAUUUCUCCACUGUUAUUACUGUCAUGGGAAAACAAAUAGUUUUACGUGUCAGCCAUCGUGCUUAUUGCGCAGCUUCCGCCAUAGAGUUUCUUAAUAAAAAUUUACCAGAAAGAAUUCUGGCACUGCGAUCGUUCAACUGCCUUGACAAUCAAUCCAUAAACGUUGACGGGAACGAUGCUUAGUGCACGUGUUUGUCUAACUAUGGAGGAAAAAAAUAGGAGGGAGCCUGACGUAGCUCGGCUAGCCUCAACAAGCCAACCUACUCUCGUACCCAUGUCGCCCAUGCUACCAGCGCGGUGGCUCAUGGGAACGAGUAGGCCCACGUGGCUGCCGGAGCAUUUACGAGAUUGUUCCGUUCGUGGCAUAGAGUUUGCUACAAUUAUUAGAGGGAACUAUGGCACAGCGAUCGUUCAUGGAUUCGUCUGAUCUUCGUU